UUAUUUAUUUUAUUUUCAUUUUAUUGAAAAACACUUUGUUCGCCGAGAGGGGCUAUACAAAGUUAGAUCAUAAUAAACUGUAUGGAAGGAUAGCAGAAGAAAUGGCUCAACAGUUCAACCAAAAUGUAAUCAAUGUUUUACUUAUUUUCAUCGUGUAUUUGAAUCAAGGGCUAAGUAAAUCAUUCCAAAGCUUCUCGGAAGAACAGUUCUUGUCGGAGCUGAGUGUUGAUCGAGCACCGAUGGAUGAUCGAAGGCCAACACGACGACCAUCGUCACAACACCGGAGUCGUCCACCGUACCUCGGCAUCUACGGUAGUUCCGGUAAAAUUGGCCAACAGUAUCAUCCCAGUGCAGCGGAGAUGAGCGAGAACGAGAGUUUCGACUCGGACGAGAGCAAUCGGCUUAGGACACCACUCGACCGAGGUCCAUACUUCGAUCUGUCCUCUUCGAAGAACAUUACGGCGCUCGUCGGCAAGACGGCGUACCUCAAUUGUCGUGUCAAAAAUCUUGGCAACAAAACGGUUUCCUGGGUACGGCACCGAGACAUCCAUUUAUUGACCGUCGGUAGAUUCACCUACACAUCCGACCAACGGUUCCAGGCUGUACAUAAUCCCGUGCACGAUGACUGGUCGCUUCAGAUUCGAUAUCCUCAGAAGCGAGAUACGGGAAUGUAUGAGUGCCAGAUCUCGACGACGCCUCCGGUUGGCCAUUCGAUGUAUCUCUCCGUUGUCGAGCCCAUCACUACGAUUAUAGGCAUACCGGACCUGUACAUCAACACUGGUUCAACUGUAAAUCUUACCUGCAUAGUUCGGAACUCACCCGAACCCCCCUCAACCAUCAUGUGGACACACAACAACCAGGAGAUCAACUACGACUCGCCGCGGGGUGGUGUCUCUGUCAUCACGGAAAAGGGAGAGACAACGACCUCCUAUCUGCUCAUUCAGCGUGCUUGGACAACAGACACCGGCAAGUACGUCUGUUCACCAUCGAACGCUGAUCCCGCGACGAUCAAUGUACACAUCUUGAAUGGUGAACAUCCUGCUGCCAUGCAGCACGACGGCCAGUUGCGGAUAGGGGAUCCCAUCAACGUGUUCGUCCUCUGCUUGAUAAGCUUUUUCCUCAGAUACCGAUGAAAAUGCAAGCAGCCGAUCAUCACAUGUCAUCACUGUACGGUGGGGCUCAAAGAAGUGUAAAAAAACUUGAUGAUUGAUUUAUGAAGAGAUUUAUGCGACAAGAGAGCGUAAUGCUGUUAGAGGUUGCCUGAUUGGAAAACACGGAAGAAGCUCAAGCCAUGUUUUUAC